AUGAGUGCCCAGAGUUACUUCAUCCCGGAGAAAGCCGCUUCUGAGCAUAGGGUGGAUUGUGCCAGUCCCGAGCAUCUCGAAGAAGAUCUCCUCAAAGGAAUCCUUCGCUACGUUCGACUGAAGGAGUCUUACGUGAACUUCGUUGAUUUCGCCACCCAUAUGAAGCCCGUCAUCGGUAUCCACUACGAUACACCUGAUGGCAAACAGCGGCCUAUCGAACCCGCGUGGCGCCGCAAGGUGUUCGAGCGAGUCUUCCAAGAACUGGUGAAGAUGGGGGUCACCAGUUGCAUCAAGGCGAAGAAGACCCAUAAAGAGGCUCGAAAAACCUUCAAUCUUGGAGCUUUGGAGGAUAGCCUGCCAGAUACGGAUACCUGGACUUAUGGUGCUGAGCUUACCCCUCCCGUACCUCAGCAAUGGGAAAGGACUCUGCCUAUUCUCCCCAGUCGGCGCAUGAACAACCUCCACCUCCCGCUGCUCCUCAACAAUGGGAAAUGA